AAUCAAUGGCGCUUGGCUAUAGUCCAAGUCUAUCAUGUCAAACGAGUCAAGCUGACGAAUCGCGUAGAUCUGGAACAGCAGGCGCAACCAAUCGUGACGACAACCAUGUCUCGUUCGCUCCGCACACGACCUCAAACGCUAUACCAACAGAAUGAAUCCGUUGACGAUCAAGGGCGUCUGCUCGCGGUCUCUAGCACCGGGGGUAUGCCUGAUGCGCAAUACGGGGCCCAGAAUGCGGCACAAAGAAAUAUCAGCAAGUCUGCAGCACGCAGCUCGGGCAACGAAGGCUCCAACGCACCUGCAUUGGCUCCCAGCGGUCCCAGGUCCAAAGUCAGCUCGAAUCUGAAGAAGCGCCUGUCGAUGCGAUACAAAGAUGGAGCCGAUCCGCUUCAAGGUCACAUAUAUCGGAUGGCUACUGCCUCGGACGUUCCGCAAGUACCCAGCAUUCCUACGACCUUCUUGCACCAUGGGAAGGGUGGAACACCUUUGGCUCCGCAUCAGGAGGACAUGAUGAACGCAGCCAUGUCGAUCCCAGGCUUCUCUCUCGGGCAGGGCCACCGCUUCCUUCCAGUGGUGGGUGCGACUGUAGAACAAGGGGGCGUAAAGGUAUCAACAGAUCCCGCACCUUUCGGUGGCCCUCCAAGCGGCGCCUUGCUAGUCUCGUCACAGCGCAACUUCCACCCUGUCGAUCCGCAACAUGUACCCGGUCAAUUCAGUCGCGCCCACGCCACCUCUUCGGCCGGGGGAGAUGCAGCUGGUGCCGAUCUCCAUUUUAUUGGGAGCGAACGAUUCGAUCCACAGACAUACCUCCGCGCUCUUGCAGCAGACAACGGCCCAGAUACAGAUGGGUCCGUUCAACAAGGGCGUGACGCACUGCUUAAACUCAAGGAGCAUGCAAAGGCCGACCUAAGGCGGCAAGUUUUUGCCAACUACGGUGAUUUCAUCAGCAUCAGUAAAGAGGUAGCAGGCCUCGAGAACGACACGUUGGAGUUGAAGGAGCUACUUCGCGAAUGGGCAGCUUUACCUGCCUCACUAGACUCCAAUGAAUCAUUGAUGCAGCACAGCGGUGGGAUUGGGAGCGUUGGUGCACUCUCAGCCGGAUUCACUUCUUUGUCUUCAGCCGCUGUCGGCUCACGCCUCAGUGCUCGCAACAGUAUACAAGACCUCUCACAGGUCUAUAAAGCACAAAUUCAAGCUUUGUGGGAGAAUGUUGAGGGCUCGCAAAGAUUUGUCUCCCAUGCACCAGGACGACACCUGAUAGCGGAGGCGCCGAACUUUAUAGAGAUGAACAGUGCGACCUAUCGUCCCAAACAGCCGGUAUCAUUACUUCUGCUAGACGACCUGCUUCUCGUGGCGACGCGCAAGCGUAAACAAAUGAGCACCAAAGUGCAGCUAUCGGCAGACCGUUGCUUUAAUUUAGGGGAGAUAGUAGUCAUCGACCUCAAAGAUGCGUCCGAUCUCAGCAACGCCAUCAAGAUCAAGCGGGGAAAGGAAGUAUAUGUAUACCGCACUGAGCGACUUGAGGAGAAGAAGUCAUUGUUGAGCUCAUUCAGAAGAGUCGCCGAGGAACUUGCAGUCAAACGCCGGCAACAAGCAAACGAGUCCUCUAACAAAAUUCGGGACUCGCUCUCGGGGCAAGAUCUUGACGACCAAGACCCCGACAAUAUGCAGGCGUGUGAGAAACGCGUCUUCGAAUGGUCGGAUGAGCUCGCUGUGUCAAUCGCACUCAGACAAUGGGAGGAGGCGGUUUCUUUGGUCGAAAAGGGUAACGAGAUGCUCGCUGCUUGCGCAAAGGGAGAUUUGUUGCAUGCACAGAUCGGGGCGAGACUACAACAACACGCAACAUCGCUGAAGGCUGCUCUCUGUCUGGCACUGUCUAGCCCCGUUCUGAAGAAAGCCAGCGUUGUGCGGUUCGUGUCGUACAUGUUGCGCCUAGACCAAGGGGAGACAGCGCGCGAGCUAUUUCUCAAUUCAAGAUCAGAACUUCUGAAGCGACGCUGCCGACAGAUUCGAUUCGAGGGGGACGUAGGUCUCUACAUUUCAGAGCUUGCGUUGGUACAUUUCACGAUCGUCAAAAAUACCAGCGAGUGGUACAUGAGCGCGUUCAAAGACAACAGGAUGGCAUCAGGUUUUAUUAAGUGGGCAACAGCGCAAAUCGGCUUGUACGCGGACACUUUCCGCAAACAGGUGUACGACGCAGAUCAUGGGGCGGACAAGGAUCCGAGGGUCGUUGCUGAGGCUGUGGAGAUCAGUCAAAGGAGUGCAUCUCAACUGAAAGAGGUCGGUCUCGACUUCGGCUUCUUACUAGAGUAAGUGUCGAUAUCGUGUUCUUUCGAAGGAGGAAUUGACCAGCUUUUCCCUAGUGAGCUCUUGAAGCCACCAGUAAAAUGAAUGUGUAUUUUGCUUUGUUUCAUGUGGCGCCAGAGUGAGG